AUGUUCGCUCUGGGAUUAAUUUUGUGUCUACUUCAGACCAGCCUCAGUCUGAACUGGACAGCAACUUCACCCGAAGAGGGUCACCUGAAUUAUCUGCAUGAUUUGUUGCCCAAAGUGCACGAAGAGCAGACAGUUACUGCGAUUCUGGUAAUGAAACACAGUCAGGACAACAAUUGUCUGUUGGAGCAACUUCGUCUGGAAAAUUGGCCAGUUCUCCGCUUCAAUGAGGCGGCUAUGAUCAACAUGAGCACAGAAGUUAGUAGACAAGUUCUUGCUCUGAUAUGUCUGUCGAAGAAUAAUGCUGUGAAGCUGCUUUCUUCGUUGGCUGACAACUUUAAUGAGAUGAGGGAGGCAAGGAUUAUUGUGUGGAUGCCUGAGGAACAUGCAGAGGAACUACUUGCUAUAAUUGCGAAGCAAGCAGAUCGUCGUCGAUUCUAUAAUGUUCUCGCUCUUCAGCCAAAAGGAAACUCUGUUAUUAUUCAUCAAAUGCAUCCAUUUCGAUUUGCCUCCUUUACUCAGAGAGUGAAUUUAAGUUCGGAUCGCAUCUUUAUCGAGCACUGGCGCAAUUUCCAGGGAAAAAAAGCUGUAACUAUUCCGACUCUAGAGCCACCAAGUAGUUUUUAUGUGACGGAUCCUACGACGGGGCAAAGGAUAAUGCGAGGCUAUACUAUACUGUUAAUGCGGCGAUUUUGUCAGAGAUAUAAUAUAAACCUUCGUACGUUGCGUAAUUUCAAGACGGUUUCUAAUUGUACAAAUACAGAUGUAGUACGAUUGCUCAGUGAGGGAAAAAUAGAUUUUUCAAGUUUACUGCAAACUUUGCACAUAAGGUCGGAAUUCCCAAAAGUACAAAGUACCUCUGUCUUGGCUGUGGUAAGCUACGAUUUACUUGUUCCCUGUGGACAGGAAUUGAAUUCAGGGCAAAUUCUUGUGAAAAUAUUCCCUGGCAGAGGAGUCUUCAUGAUGUUAUUCUAUUUGGUGCUGGCAUUACUGGAGACAUUUGUCACAUCGACCACAAAUUAUUUGGGUGGACGCGGAUUUCACAUUAGAUACUCUGGAUUGUGGCUUAAUUUGCGAGUGAUUCGUGGCUGCUUGGGAUAUGCAUCGCCAGAAGGACGAGUAAAUAGUGCAUCGCUUCGACAAUUGUUGAUAAUGCUGACAUUUUUUGGCCUUUUACUCACGAGUUGGAUGAACGCUGUAUUUAGCACUUUGUUCACCAAACUCCCAGACUAUCAAAACAUUGAGACAUUUGAGCAGUUAGCAGAAAGUCAACUGCCUGUGCUCAUUGAUUGGAGUAUCAAAUAUCAUAUCGAAAAAGACAAGGAUUUCCUUAACAAGAAAGUUCCAAACGCCGUAUUCAUAUCACCGAGGACACAAACUGAUUUGAUUUUAUCGUUGAACACUAGCUAUGCCUAUUUAACAUUUUCGUUUAUGUGGAAUUCAGUUUUUUACAUGCAACAAGUAAUUGGGCGCAAGAUUCUCUGCAAGGCAACUGCUGAGGAUUUUGGCAAUUACAUUCCAUUGGCUUCAAUUGUGCAACAAAAUUCUGUCUUUGGUCUUGCCUUAGAUAGAUUCAUAAUAAACGCCCAAAGUUCAGGUCUAAAUUUGUAUUGGAGGCGUAAGACUUACGAGGAUAUUUUCCUACAUAGAGCUCACUUAAUGAGAAAGCUGAUCGUUGAUAAAAACAGUGAUUGUUCUCUAUGGGCAUGGCAGUGGAAAUUGUUAUUUAUUGGACUGGGAGGCAGCUCAAUUGUUUUUAUUGGGGAGUUAAUUGUCAAAGAUUGGCAAAAACGUCGCUUGGCAGCAGAGGAAAAUUCUGUUUAG